AUGAGUAAUAAAUACAACACAUUGAAAGACGGUCCAAGGCUCCCCAAGCUGGCUGCUCGAAGCAGACACAAUUACCAGAUUUCAAGAGUGAGUAAGGCAGAUCUUCUCAGACAACCAAAUCGGCGGCCACCAUCUACCCCAGCACCAAAUCCUGAUAUUCCUCUUGAUCCCGAAUCACAUCUAAAUGUUUCUAAUUCCAGUUCGUCACAAUGUCUCAACAAUCCAGCUGUACUUCCCGUCAUUGGCUCCCAUGAACUUAUAGAAUGGGUGCCCACUGGCUAUGAGACCUCUUCGAAGGAGGAAACUACAUUUGUAUCUCUGGCCACAGACAUCCCACCUGAAAAUAUAACCCAAGAUACUUCUGAGAACUCACUACAUCAAUAUUCUCCCAUGCCUAUUCCACCUCGAGUACCUGAAGAUCGGGAAUUUUCUCAAAAGAUUACUCAUCAGCCAACGAGAAUUAAUAGUCAGAGUGAUUCAAAUUUGAGUACUUCUCAUUCUGCUUCAAAUGUGCAGCCAGAAUCUCCAAUUCAGCUAGCUCUUGACUCUCACCAGCCAGCUCCUUCACAACAAGAAACAGAGAUUUAUCGGGUAUCUGAUGGUAACUUACAAAUCCUCAGGGCUCCUAAGGCACCCCAGCAGCCACAAUUGUGUUCUCUUCAAAUUGAAAACGAAGAUUACCAUCCUUAUUCUACUUCAGAAACGAACAUGGGAAUCUUCAACCAAUAA